AUGUCUGGUGUGAUAGGUGCUCUAGAUGGUACACACAUUAGAAUUGAUAAACCAUCACAAGAUCCAGAAUCGUACUUCAAUAGAAAAAGUUUCUACUCCAUCCAAGCUUUAUUUUAUCAUGACGCAUGCGAAGAAUUCGGGAUAUAUUUCUGGGAUUUCCUGGCUCUGUUCAUGAUAGCAGAGUUUUUUCAGCAUCACCUUGGUGAUCAUUUGGCAGAGAUGUGUGGACAGUAUCAUCUACUUGGAGACAGUGCUUAUCCAUGUCUGGUUAAUUUAUUAACACCUUUCAGGGAUAACAGUCACCUCACUAGGCGGCAAAAAAAUUAUAACUAUUUGCUUGCAACAAAUAGGUAUAUUAUUGAACAUUGCUUUGGAAUUCUUAAACAAAAAUGGAGAAAAUUGUAUCACAUAAAAAUGCACAAAAUUGCAGAUAUAGUUCAUUUUAUUCGAGCUUGUGCAGUCCUUCAUAAUAUAUGUUUGGAAGAGACAAUUGUUAUAGUCCCUGAAAAUACAGAAUUGCCAAUAAACCAGGUCCUUGAUAAUACUGUAGAUGACAACAACAGGAAUGGGAAUGAGAGGCGAUAUGACAUCAUGAAUCGUCUUCCUAUAAUAUUGUAA